GGGGUGGAGGGCGGGUCGUCCCGCCCGCCGCUCCUCCCCGCGCGCCCGAGCCCGGGGUCUCCUGCGGGUGUCGCGCGCCCCUACCCACCCAGCCGGGCCGGGCCAGGGUCUCGGGGUCCCCAGGGUCCCGCGCGCCUGCCCCGCAGCUCCCCGCCCGGAGGGAGGAGGGCGCGCCGAGGGCCCGGCCUCCGCGCAGGGUCAGGUCACCCCGAGUGAGCGGAGGCCCGGCGGGGGCCCCGGUGGUGCUGGCGGCGGCGCGAUGGAGGCCAAGAGCCUGGAGGGCGCGCAGGCCGACCUCAAGCUCGUGGCGCACCCUCGCGCAAAGAGCAAGGUGUGGCGGUACUUCGGCUUCGACACCAACGCCGAGGGCUGCAUCCUGCAGUGGAAGAAGAUUUACUGCCGCAUCUGCAUGGCGCAGAUCGCCUACUCCGGCAACACGUCCAACCUCUCGUACCACCUGGAGAAGAACCACCCGGAUGAGUUCUGUGAGUUCGUCAAGAGCAACACGGAGCAGAUGCGCGAGGCCUUCGCCAGCGCCUUCUCCAAGCUCAAGCCCGACGCGGCGCAGCAGAGCGCGCAGGAGCCGCUGGCCGCCAAGGGCGCGCACGGCCACGAGGGCCGCAAGCAGCAGGAGCUGACGGCCGCCGUCCUGGGCCUCAUCUGCGAGGGGCUGUACCCCGCGUCCAUCGUGGACGAGCCCACCUUCAGGGGGCUGCUGAAGACGGCCGAGCCGCGCUACGAGCUGCCCAGCCGCAAGUUCUUCUGCAGCAAGGCCAUCCCCGAGCGCUACGGCGCCGUGCGUGACGCGGUGCUCAAGGAGCUGGCGGAGGCCGCGUGGUGCGGCGUCUCCACGGACCUGUGGCGCAGCCCCAGCCAGAACCGGACCUACGUGACCCUGGCCGCACACUUCCUCUCCGGCGGCGGCGGCGGCGGCGGGGCCGCCCCGCAAGGCCUGGCCCUGGGCUCCCGCUGCCUCAAGACCUUCGAGGUGCCCGAGGACAACGCGGCCGAGACCAUCACGCGCGUCCUGUACGAGGCCUUCAUCGAGUGGGGCGUCAGCUCCAAGGUGUUCGGCGCCACCACGGACCGCGGCAAGGACGUCGCCAAGGCCUGCUCGCUGCUGGACAUCACCGUGCAGAUGCCCUGCCUGGCGCACACGUUCGACGCCGGCCUCCAGCAGGCCUUCCGGCUGCCCAAGCUGGGCGCGCUGCUGGCCCGCUGCCGCAAGCUGGUGGAGUACUUCCAGCAGUCCACCGUGGCCAUGUACCUGCUGUACGAGAAGCAGAAGCAGCAGCACGCCGCGCCCUGCAUGCUGGUCAGCGACCGGGUGGCCUGGUGGGGCAGCACGCUGGCCAUGCUGCAGCGACUCAAGGACCAGCAGUUCGCCAUCGCCGGCGUCCUGCUGGAGGACAGCAACAACCACCACCUGAUGCUGGAGGCGGCCGAGUGGGCCAGCAUCGAGGGGCUGGUGGACCUGCUGCAGCCCUUCAAGCAGGUGGCCGAGAUGCUGUCGGCCUCCAGGCACCCGACCAUCAGCAUGGUGAAGCCGCUGCUGCACAUGCUGCUCAAUACCACCCUGACCAUCAAGGAGACGGACUCCAAGGAGAUCAGCAUGGCCAAGGAGGUCAUUGCCAAGGAACUCUCCAAGACCUACCAGGAGACGCCCGAGAUCGACAUGUUUCUCAACGUGGCCACCUUCCUGGACCCGCGCUACAAGCGGCUGCCCUUCCUGUCGGCCUUCGAGAGGCAGCAGGUGGAAAACAGGGUGGUGGAGGAAGCCAAGGGGCUCCUGGACAAGGUCAAGGACGGCAGCUACCGCGGCGCCCCCGAGGACAAGCCCUACCCGAUGCCCGAGGAGCCCCCGGCCAAGAAGCCGGCGCUGUCGCCCACGCCGCCGCCCACCAGCGUCAUCAACACCAUGCUGGCCGAGAUCUUCUGCCCCACGGGGGGCGUGGAGGACCAGGAGGAGUGGCACGCGCAGGUGGUGGAGGAGCUGAGCAACUUCAAGUCCCAGAAGGUGCUGGGACUCAACGAGGACCCCCUCAAGUGGUGGUCCGACCGCCUGGCCCUCUUCCCCGUGCUGCCCAAGGUGCUGCAGAAGUACUGGUGCGUGGCGGCCACGCGCGUCUUCCCCGAGCGCCUCUUCUGCUCCGCGGCCAACGCGGUGCACGCCAAGCGCAACCGCCUGGCCCCCGCGCACGUGGACGAGCAGAUCUUCCUGUACGAGAACGCGCGCGCCGCCGCCACCGCCGCCGCCGCGGAGCCCGAGCUGGAGGACGAGGACGAGGGCGAGUGGGGCCUGGACCACGAGCAGGUGUUCCCGCUGGGGGACGCCGUCCACGCCGGCUACUUCGGCCUCCGGGACGGCGGCUUCGUGUAGCCGGGGGACACCUGCGUCCCGGCGGCCCGCGGCCGAUGCUUUGCUGUCAGGAGGGACCCCCGCGGGGGGGUGGGCGCGCCGCCGGGACCGCAGGAAACGCGGGAGAGGAGAGCCGCACCUGGGGGUCGUUGCCAAGUGACAGCGGAAGCGUUGGCGCUGCGGGGCACAGAGGGGCACCGCGAGAGACCCACCGGCUGGAGAUGGACCUCUCGGUGGCCUAGAAGCCAGAGAUGGGGGCUUCGAGGGGCCCAGAGGCUGGAGAUGGACUCUAGCGUGACCCCCAAAGAGAUGGGUGGGGCUUUGGGCGGCCCGAAGCUGGAGGAAAGACUGUUUUCUCUUUUCUGCGGCGGCGGCGGCGGUGGUGGUGGUGGCGGGGGGUGCCUUGCUUCACAGCCAAAGGGAAAGAAGUGACUUAAAAAAUGUCUCGCUGCCCGACCGUAGGAUGGCAGGCGCUGAGCUCCCCCGCGGAAGAAGCCCAGCUGGGAGUGUUUGCUUCCCACUAAUUCCACACCACGGCGUUUGUGCAGGGAAAGUCUGGGUACAUUGGAGAGGAAUGGAAGCCUGGGCGCCCGGGAGGACCAAACCCCUCUGUCUGCUCCCCGAGGCAGCCCCUCUGGAUGGGUGCCCUCUGUCGGUGAAGAAACACCCAUUUACAUUUUAAUUUCAGUGGGAACCUUGCCGCUGGGCUGGGGAGAGACACAUAUUAGCCAGAAACCCUCUUUUCGAGAGAGACGGGUUUCAUGGUGGAAAAUGUUAAACUGGAGCCCGCAUUGCCAUUGGGUGUAAAAACAGAAAAGCGAGGUCGGGUGCUA